AUGACCGAUCGUGAUGAUACUGGCGAGAUUGUUGAAAUUGAUUUUGAAGUUGGACAUGUAUCAAUAAUUCGAUCAGAACCAACAACAACGCAUAAUCCACCACGUACACAUGAUUGGACAGUUUAUUUACGUUCUGCUGAUGUUCAUGGUGAUUUAAAUUGUCUUAUUCAACGUUGUAUAUUUUAUCUUCAUCCAGAAUAUCCCGAUCAUAGACGAGAAUUAAAAUCAACACCGUUUGCUAUAAAAGAAACUGGUUAUGCUGGUUUUCAUUUGCCUAUUGAUAUUUUUUUUAAAACAAGAAAAGAACCAAAAAAAUUUCGUAUUGAAUAUGAUCUUGAUUUACAUACGAAUGUUGAAGGACAUCCACAUCGACAAAAAGAAAGUUCUGUACGUCGAUAUCGUUGUACAUUUUACAAUCCUGAUCCAGAACUUCGACAAAAAAUUUUAGCAGCUGGUGGGAAAAUUAAAGAUACCGGUUCGAUAUCAACUAAUAACAAUGAUAAUGGUGGGAGUGAUGCUGAAGAAGAACAAAUUUUACCACCAUCUGAAACAAUAAUUCGUCAUUCGCCACCACAAAAAAGAUCACAUUCACCAGUACCAACAAUAAAUCCUGCUAAUAAUAAGAAAAUUAAAGUUGAACCAUCAGCAACUCAUCCAAAGAAAAAACCACAACAGUCAGUAAUUAAGAAUGAAAAUCCGAGUAAAACAACAGUGAAUACAACAACUAAUAAAAAAAUUCCAUUGACAUCAUUAACUAAACAACCACCAAUUGUAGAAGAAAAAUCAACGAAAACUUUACCAAUCAAAGAUGCUAAUCAAACAGUAUCAUCAACAUCCAAUAUCAAUGGAUCUACUGACGAUUUAUCUUUAUCGAAAGCACGUCCAUCAUCGAAAUCAAAACCAGAUCAUGACAGCAAACCUUUAACACAAACUUCAACAACUUUACAGAUUAAAAAAAAGGAACCAGUACCUUCUCCAUCAAAAGCUAAUACACAAAUUCCAUUAAAGAAACCAAUACAAAUUCCAACAAAUAAAACUUCUCAAAAGACUUCCAUUAAAAUUGAACAAACAUCUACAAAUAAAUCACCUUCAAAUGUUAAUAUAAAACGAGAAUCAUCACCUAAUGUUACUUCAUCGAACAGUACAACUUCAACAGUUUCCAUUAGUAGUCUUAAAAAAAUUCCAAAAAAAGUUGCACCACCACCACCUCCACCUCCUCCGCCAAUCAUUGAAAAACGUGUACGCUCACCAAUGACUCCUCCACCUUCAAAUAAAAGUUCCGAUCGAGAUUCUCACCGACAUCAAUCUUCGUCGUCAUCUAAAAAUCAAACAAGUUCAAAACGUGAUCAUUCUACAACAACAAUACUUUCAUCAUCAAUCAAUAAUUCUAGUAGCAGUCGAAACAGUAGCAGUAAUCGUUCUCGUUCACGAAGUCGUUCUCGAUCACGUUCACAUAAUCGUUCAAGUCAUCAAAAUCAUCAUAAUAGUCGUUCGACUCAUUCUUCUAAUUCAUCUCGACAUUCAUCACAACAAAAAGAUAGAUCAAAUCAUCAUACAUCACCACAUUCUCAUCCAUCAUCAACAUCAAAACUAUCAUCAUCGUCAUCAUCAUCAUCCUCAUUAUCAUCUCAUCAUAAUAGUCGUCGUACACCAACACCAUCGAAGUCAACUCGAAGUCCAUCUCGAUCAAUUCAAUCUCACAAUGAUCAUGUUCCAACAUCUUCUAAUGAUAUAUCAGUAUUACCAUCAACAUCAUCUAUUAAUACACCUCAAUCUCGACCGGAUAGUGUUGAACCACCAGUUGUUGCAUCAACAACAUGUUCACCUUCGACACAUAUAUUUCAUAGUGAAGAUGAUCAUACACAAACAGAAAUGGAUAUUGAUGGACAAAGUGAUGAUGAUAUAAAUGUGCAUCGUCAAAUUUCAAAUUCUCAUGAACAUGAUCAAAUAUCACCAUCAUCAUCAACAUGUGUAACAAAUGAUACAAGAAAAAUUUUAACAAAUAGAAAUUUUCAUUCAGAUCAUUCAUACUCAUUAUCAGAUACAAACGAAAGUAAUGAUGAUAGUCAUCUAUCAACAGAUGAUGAUGACGAUGAUGAUUUACCAACUGUAUUAACUGAUGAUGAUUUACGAACAAAAUUAAUUUAUAUUUAUAAUCGUUUUGCAUCAAAUUCUACAAAUGAUUUAACUAUAUUUGUAACAUUUUUUAAACGACAUAAUUUAAUUGAUACAUCUAUAAAAACACCAAAUGGAAUGUUUACAUAUGAUCUUUUUUCACUUAAUCCACCAUUAAUCGAUGAACUAGCUACUGAUCUUGGAUAUACAACAAAUUCUAUUAUUAAUCGAGCAGAACAGUGA